AUGGACGAGCCUCGGGAGCAAUGGGACAGCAACCUGGAAUUUCUACUGGGAAGCAUCGGCAUGAGCAUUGGACUGGGAAACAUUUGGAGGUUUCCGUACGUGGCAUACGAGAACGGGGGAGGAGCGUUCCUGAUUCCCUACAUUAUCAUCAUGACGCUCGUGGGGAGGUCCAUGUUCUACAUGGAGAUGCUCCUGGGCCAGUUCCGCAGCGCUGGGGCCACGCUCUGCUUUGACUGCGUUCCACUGGCAAGAGGCGUCGGCUGGACGAUGGUCUACACCUGUUUCGCCAUCUGUGCCUACUACAACUUGCUGCUGUCCUACUCGCUCAACUACCUGUACUACUCCUUCUAUGAUGUCCUGCCUUGGACCGUCUGCAAUCCGGACUGGGCAAACGACGAGUGUUACGACAAGAGUACCGUUUUGAAAGCGUGCAAGAAGGUGAACAGCACGCUCUACAAGAUGUACAUCGAUUCGAACUCGACGAGGGCUCUCAAUGACAGUGCUGUGCUCGGUGGAAAGUUUGGAGAUGUCUUGGUGCCCUUAUCGACAUACGCAGACGCGAUCGGAAACUGCAGCGAACAAGUGCAAUCGUCUCCGGAGCAAUUUUUCAAUCGUCAAGUCCUGAACCGCAGCGGUGGCAUCGAGGAGCUAGGCACUUUGCAAGGGGGUCUGGUCCUCGGUCUUCUUAUCUCUUGGAUUGCUGUGUUCCUCAGUGUCUUCAAGGGUGUUCGAUCCUCCGGAAAGGUGUCCUACUUCACCGCUCUCACGCCCUUCUUCAUUCUCGGAGUCAUCAUGGUUAGGGGUGUUACACUCCCUGGUGCCAUGGACGGCCUCAAGUACUACUUGCUUCCAAAAUGGGAGCAACUGUUUACGUUUAAGGUCUGGCGCAGUGCAGCCGUGCAGAUUUUCUUCUCCAUAAGCUUGGCCCAAGGAUUGAACAUGUGCUUAGCCAGUUACAACGAAUUUUCGAAUAACAUCGUGAGGAACGUGUAUGUCAUCGCCGUGGCCGAUUCUUUUACCAGCAUCUUCGGGGGUGUUGUCAUAUUUUCGGUGUUGGGUAACAUGGCCCUGCAGCUGGACACCACCAUUCCCGAAGUCAUGAGAGGCGGAUUCGGGUUGGCCUUUGCGGUUUACCCGCAUGCACUGAGUCAGAUUCCAGGAGCCCACUUUUGGUCUGUCGCUUUCUUCACCAUGCUCUUCUUGCUUGCCAUCGACUCCGAGUUUGGCUUUGUGGAAAGUGCUCUGACUCCAUUGAAGGACGAAUUUCCUGUGCUCCGUGUUCAUCAGUCUAAAUUGGCCCUGGCAUGUGCUGUUUUCUUUUUUCUACUUGGGUUGCCCAUCGCGUCUCAGGGUGGAAUUUACAUGAUAAACCUGCUUGAUGAGUAUGUGUCAAGUCAUCUGAUUCCAUGGGUUGGAGUGGCUGAGCUUGUCACUCUCGUCUUUGGAUAUGGCAUCAGGCGUCUAAUGACGGACAUGGAGUUCAUGCUGGGCCAGCCGCCUUCUGAACUGACGUACUACAGCUGGAAGUACUUGUGCCCAGCGUGUGCCAUCAUCCUGGCGAUCGCUUCACUAGCGACCGCCCAGCUCGCAAAACUUGAGGACUACGUGUACCCGUUGGCGGCUAAUCUGGCCGGAAUCACUUUCGUGGUAAUCGGACUGUCCUUUAUCCCCAUCUUCGUUGUCAUCGAACUCCGGAACGCUGACUGGGACCUCCGUAAGGCAGUUCGCCCUCGCGACAACUGGGGACCCAAGAAUCUGGAACAGCGCAGGCUGUAUCGCCUCUUCAUGGUGCAGAGAGGCUACAUGGAACCGAAGGAGGCCGAGGCCCUGUCGCUGUCGGAAGAGAAGCUUAGGAACGCCCAAAAGUUAGAGGCUGGAGGUGGAGGGGCUCUGCAGUUGGAGACCAGGCCCCCGGUGGAGGACAUACCAAUUGGAGAUAAACGUCCGCCUUCCGAAGUAUGA